UGCCAGCUAACUUCCUCCCGAUAUUUGACCAUUUUCACUGACACGCGCAAUGGAGAAAGAGCCAUCUUGUCUGAAAAGCCGACGUGGCUGCCGGCUGACCGUUUGUUUAAUUCAUCAUGAUGUACACAUUCCAAUGGGUAAUCGUUACACUGUUCCUCCUGAAGUGCAGUCUUGGUGCCCCAGACGCUCCCACGACUACGAAUACGUACUUGAGUGAGACUGAUAGGAUUAGACUACGAGGAGUGGUCGAACCAGGAUUAAAACUCACAGACGUAGCAUCCGUGUACCAUGCUGUGCUUGGAUACAAGCUCCUCAACGAGGCGGUCCCCAAACCUUCAGAUGUUUGCAGCUAUCUGAUCAAGAGCUCCGGCAAUGACUUGGACACCUCUCCAGAAAAUAUUUAUCACAUCGUGUCGGCGUGGCAGGCCCUGGGGUCGUGCGCUCCAUUGCCCACUGCCACCUUAACGCAGGCGUUAACUGCGGUCAUACAGGAUGGGUCUUCAACAAUUCUGGAUCUUUACCACGCAAUUUCUGCCUACGUGAGUCUCUCUCAGAAAUUGACGGAUCCAACCGUCACUAAACUGGUCAACAACCUCAAGACUAUUCUGAAGAAGGAGGAGAGUAUUUCCAAUUUCGGUUACGUAUUCCACAUUGCUUCAAUGUUGGGACCAGCUGGUAGUUUCGCAGUAGACAGAAUCGAAGAUGUGGUUGUUCAAGCGGACGAGGUAGAUGGGAAGUACUUGCAGUUCGAAGGAGGUCUCUCCGUCACCAGUCUGGUAGUGACUGGAAUAGCCAAGCUAUCGGCAUCCCAGAAGAAACCUCCCCCAGUCAGUGGUCCUCAGAUUGUAAAAAUUACUAAUUACCUCCUCUCAAGACGCUCCGUCCAGACACCCAAGGGUGUCGUGAAGCUCCUCUCAGCUCUGAGAAUCUUGGCUAAUAACGAAUUUAAUAAGCCGGUCUGCAUUACUCUGGCAGAAGGUGGGAAUAUAGUGUCAGUAAAACAGCCACUCGUGAGGGUUAAGGUCUGUGACAUAAUGGGGAAUCCGCUGGUGGUGGUCCCAAGUGUCGUUGCCACAUCAGCCACUAGGGUCGGGGAUGAUGUUGUGGUCAUGAGCAAGGAGGCUUUCAAGCCCUCACCCAAAGACAAAACUCUAUUCACCAUGAAUUUCAUGGAUAUCAAACCGCAGCGAGGCUUCUACAAAAUCCAAGUAUCAGCCGGAGCUGUCAGCAACACUGUAACUGUCAAAUUAUUAUCAGAUGUGAAGGUCGAUUAUCUGGAAAUUGGAACGGGCGAUGCCGACCAGACGACGCAGCCCAAACUAGUUAAAAUUGCACAUCCUAACAAAUUGGCUCACAGAAUCGAGGCUGAUUCCCAACAAAAGCUUGUAAUGAGAUUUUUGCUUCGCGAUACUGCCAAUGAUAAGCCAGUGCGUGUGCAUCAGGCAUUUGUUCGACUAUCAGCAGUGAGCUCAGGCGAUGAAAAGCAGCUUCGCGAGGUGCUAUUUGUGGCAGAGCCAGAUGCGACAAAUGUCUACAAAUUUGACAUGCCUGUUGGCAGUGCAGCCCAGACAUUUGCACACCACAGUGGCGACUACAACAUUGAACUCAUCGUGGGGGAUGCAAUAAUAGGUAAUCCCUUCCAGUGGAAUGUUGCUGUUGUGGGUCUCAAGUUUCCGGAACGCACUGGAACGGAGGCUGCGAUAAUCGAUAAAUCUCAGGGGCACAAAUAUCAGGCGAUAACUUAUUCUCCCAAGCCAGAGAUAAAGCACAUGUUCCGAGAACCAGAGAAAAGGCCUCCAGUCUUCGUAUCCAAUCUCUUCACUGGACUUUGCCUGGUACCUGUUCUCAUUCUGUUAGGCCUCUGGGCUAAACUCGGUGUCAACAUUUCUAAAUUUCCAUUCUCACUGAGUGCUGUUGUAUUUCAUCUGGGAUUAGGCAGUAUUUUCGUCCUGUUCGGCGUCUUCUGGAUGAAGCUGAACAUGUUUGUUACCCUCCGGUAUCUCCUGGGUCUGGGAGUGGUGACAUUCCUCGCAGGCAGCAAACUUCUAUCACAGAUCGCACAUGGCCAGAAAGCAUCGCGCUAAAUAGUUACUCUUUCCAAAGGCAUCAUAACACUAGUGGUGUACAUAAAAAACAUGAUAGAUACGUGAUUGGAAAUUGAAUUGAAAAUCACUUCGUUCUUGCAUUUUUUCUCAUAUUUUAUUUUAAAUAUACACUCCAUGAUACAAGUGAUGAAAUUACGACUGUCCCAUUUGUACAGAAUUUGAAUAAAAAACAAAUGAUUCAAAA